AUGGCGCCUGCAAUCCGCAACCAGCGCCGCGGCUCCGGCGGCCUGCUGGUGCUCGCCCUGGCGUCGUGCCUGGUGUUCCAGUACAUCUCGUGGACGUACCCUGGCGCUGCCCGGGCCGAGGUGCCCUCGCCCAAGGCCGAGGAGGCCGGCUUCUUCACGAAGGUGAUCGGCGCCGCCGCGCAGGGCGCGACCGCGGCCUUCGUGGCGGCCAUACUCUCGGCCGUGACGGAGCCCGUCGUCAACCGUCUGCUUGUGAAGCGCAUGACCUUCUCGCAGGCCUUUGCGGAAGUGAACUUUGGUGUCAUCAGCAAGUUCUUUUUGACGACCUUCCCUACCAACAUGCUGAAGUUCCCCGUGUUCGAGGUGAUCAACAUCAUGCUCACCUUCACCAGCCUCUCCGGCAGCUUUCGCGGCAUGAUCAACGGCUUCCUCUUCUGCACCAUCAUGCUGCCGGUGACGAACUACCGCUUCCGGAAGAGCAUGGGCUGGGAGAUCACGCCGUCUGCACUGUACCAGGCCUACGUGCCCACUGUGGCCCGCGACAUUGUCUACGGCUGGUCCCGAGGCUUCGUCGGCGGCAUGAUGGCCAAAUCUGCGCUCCCCAAGGCGCUCUCCUUCGGUUGCACGUCUUCUGGCAGCGCGCCCGCCACUCUACUGGCAAAGACGCGCGCGCGGCUUCGGCAACCUGUCUGCGCAGCCGGAGGACAAGAAGUUGCCGUUUGCUGA